AUGACUCUUGCAGCCAUCAAUAUUGAAGAAGUGAAGAUCUGUACAGAUGCCGCACUCGAGGCACUGCAGAAGGAGUUGCGGGUAUUGAACCAUCAGGUAUAUUCAUGCUCCUGGUCAGAUAUUUUUAUCUACAAGGCUAACAAGUUUGGUGGCGGUUAUCAGAUCUGGUCAAACCCUGAGCUUGCCUACCAGGAGCACCACGCCCACGAUACAAUUUGUGACUUCCUCGAAGAACAAGGCUUUGCCGUUACUCGCCACGCCUAUGGGCUUGAUACAUCCUUUGAGGCUGUGGUCGGAACUGGUGGGCGAUUGAUCAAUUUCAACGCCGAAUAUGACGCAUUACCUGGAAUUGGGCAUGCCUGUGGUCACAAUCUAAUAGCGACAAGCAGUAUCGCUGCAUUCCUUGCGCUGUCGUUUGCCAUCAGGAAAUUUAAUGUCCCCGGUAGAGCUCAGCUAUUAGGAACACCGGCUGAGGAAAAUGGAGGCGGAAAGGCGAAAUUGAUUGAUGCUGGUGCCUACAAAAACGUCAACAUCUCGCUAAUGGCGUAA